AUGCAACAACAGCAACAACUAAAGCAACAACAGCAACAACAACAACAACAACAAAUGCGCUGCCAAAGCUGUCGACAACGUCUGGGGAUCAAAAAGAUUUGGCUGCCGCUUAUCAUCUUCUUUUCACUGCAGCUCGCCUUGAUACACGCGGAUGAGGUCGAGGUGGUGAAGGCAAUCGCUGGCGGCGGCGGCAACGACGAGAUCUCCCUUGGCCUGAGCGAGCAAGACAAUGAGGUGGAUCAAAUGGCGCUCGAAUCGGAACAGGAAUUGCAGCAGCAGCAGCAGCAGCAGCAGCAACAACAGCAGCAGCAGCAACAACAACAGCAGCAACAGCAGCAGCAGCAGCAACUACAACAACAGCAAUCCGUUUCCAUGCCCAAGGUGCAGGUGCAUUACCCGCACAAUGGUCUGCCGCAGGCGCCGCCUGGCCUCAGUUUGAGCCUUGGCAACAAUCAUCAGAAUAUACCGAUGAGCUUUGGCCAGCCCUUCGGACCGCCACCGCCGCCCGGCGCACAAUUCUAUAAGGGACCACCGCCGCCGGCACCACAGCGACCCUUGGUGCUGCCGCCAUCGCAGCAGCAGCAGCAGCAGCAGCAGGUGCAACAGGUGCAGGUGCAGCAGGUGCCAUCGCUGGCUGAUCUGAGCGUGGGCGCCUCCAGCAACAAUGAGAUCUGGGCCUCGCCCGUCCAGGACAUGCCCAAGAUCGUGUCGCUGGACGUCAAGUGCGAGAAGAACGGCAUGAAGGUGUUUGUCCAGUUCGAUAAGCCCUUCAAUGGCAUCGUCUUCUCCAAGGGCCACUACAGCAACAUGAACUGCGUCCAUUUGCCCUCCGGCCUGGGUCGCAGCUCGGCCAGCUUCGAUAUUGGACUACACGAGUGCGGCACAGCUGGCAAUACGGACAACUACAAUCAGGGCUAUGGCCACGAUGCUGGCGGCAGCGCCGGCGCUGGCACCUACUUCGAGAACAUCAUUGUCAUCCAGUACGAUCCGCAGGUGCAGGAGGUAUGGGAUCAGGCGCGCAAGCUGCGCUGCACUUGGCACGAUCAGUACGAGAAGAGCGUGACCUUCCGACCCUUCCCGGUGGACAUGUUGGAUGUGGUGCGGGCCGAUUUCGCUGGCGACAAUGUCGGCUGCUGGAUGCAGAUCCAGGUGGGCAAGGGUCCAUGGGCAUCGGAGGUCUCUGGCCUGGUCAAAAUUGGACAGACCAUGACCAUGGUGCUGGCCAUCAAGGACGACGACUCGAAGUUCGAUAUGCUGGUGCGCAACUGCGUUGCACACGAUGGCAAGCGGGCGCCCAUUCAGCUGGUGGAUCAGCGUGGCUGUGUCACCCGACCGAAGCUAAUGUCCCGCUUCACCAAGAUCAAGAACUUUGGCGCCUCCGCCUCGGUGCUGUCGUACGCCCACUUCCAGGCCUUCAAGUUCCCCGAUUCGAUGGAGGUGCACUUCCAGUGCACCAUACAGAUCUGUCGCUACCAUUGCCCGGACCAGUGCAGUGCCGAGACCAAUCUGCAGGAUGUGCACCACUUGCAGGUGGGACCCGAGUCCCAGUACGGACCACCACCUCAGCUACAUGGCGAUGCGUAUCAUGUGGCCAGUGCGAUUGGCAAGCGACGCGAUGAGCGACGCGUCCAGAGGCGUGCGCGUGCCGUUGCCGAGUCCACGGAGCAAGUGGGUCUCAAUCGUAUCAUCAAGGUGGUAUCCUCCGGCGACCUGACCUUUGCCAUUGACGAACAGGCGGCAGCCGGUGGCGGCAACAACAGCAGCAGCAACGGUGGCUCCACCUUGCCACAGACAAUGGUCUUUCCGCUGCGCGAGGAGGGACUCAUUUGCAUGACUACGCCGGGCUUUGCCAUUACGCUGAUCGUGCUGCUUGGCAUUCUGGUGACAUCGUGCUUGAUUUCCGCCGUGCUCUACGUGCGACUGCGACCCUUCUCCAGCUUUGCAGCCAAGGAGCGCGCCGUCGCCUUUACGAAUCCCCAGCUGGCCGCCGGCCCACUGCCCGUCAUCCAUUUGCCAUCACCGGCCGAGGCACUGGCGGGCACGCUCUCCAAGAAGCGAUCGCUCUCAUGAACGUCCAUUUCACAUUGUACUAGUUUAGGCCAUGAAAUUAGCUAAUUGUCUAAUGCAUUAGUUAAAUAUCAAUAAUUGCAUAAUGCCGUUAACUGGGCUUAAGCCCGCCUCUGCCCAGACUUUCUAUCUAAAGCCAGGUCUCUGCCUCACUCGCCCUUAGUUUCUUUCUACUACUUGCUCAGUC